UCUUGUCCAUCCAUUCCAUUCCAUUCCAUUGCCUCGGCUCCUCCCUCCUCCACUCGCCUCUCCUCGGGUUUCCUCCGCCGGGACAACCGCAACGCAUGGCGGCGGCGCCCAUGGCGGCGGCGCCCAUGGCGGCGCCUCCGACGGCGCUUUUCUUCGCCAGGGCGCACCGGCACACACUGCUUCCUCCUUCCUCGUCCGCCUCCAAGCUUAGGGUUUCCUCCGGAAGCUUCUCUCCCGCCACGACUUUUUCCGCUGGAGCACUAGGUUUCGGCAGGUCCCAGUUGGUCGGCUUCCCUGUCAUCUUCACCACCAGUCUCCCUUCACUUCGGGCUCCUCACAAGCUUCCAAUUGGCCCCGUUGUUGCUCGCCGGGUGUGCCCUUUUACCGGGAAGAAGGCUAACAGAGCAAAUAAAGUCUCCUUCUCAAACCACAAGACAAAGAAGCUCCAGUUUGUCAAUUUGCAGUACAAGAGGAUCUGGUGGGAAGCAGGGAAACGAUACGUAAAACUACGCUUGUCAACAAAGGCACUGAAGACCAUUGAGAAGAAUGGUCUGGAUGCUGUUGCUAAGAAGGCUGGAAUUGACCUCCGAAAAGAAUGAACCUGAAUUACCAAUGGCCAUGCCUUUACUCCCUUUUAUCGCUUAAUAAAAUCGUCGAGGUGAUUUUCACUUCUUAGUUCAUUGGCUAUUGUCAUUUCUACUUCCAACUGGCUGUAAAUUUACCAGGACAAAAAGAUUUCAAAAUGCUUUGUGUGAUGCAUGUCUUACUAAUUAGGAUAGACAUUAUCUCUCCAGAGAUUGUUCCACACAAGUACAAAUAGUCUAAUUCAGAUUCAGCUACUGAAACAUGUCUGGAAUAAAUUUGUCGAAGCAUGUUUUACAUUGUAGUUCAAAUGACAUCACUGUACAAGGAUGAGUUCAGUGCUGCUUGGUUUGUGUAGGGUAUUUUUCUUGGCAAUUAAAUAAAACAUCAAAAUAGAUGUUUUUUUUA